AUGAACUGGCAUUUAGCAAAAAAUGUGUUAACAUGCAUGCACUGCAGCAGUGACUGAUGAUGGUGCGGCUCUCCUCCCAUGAAGAACCACGUGAUGUCUCCUCUAGCAAUAGAACUCAUUUGGCAGAAUAUUUAACUAUUGAUAGAUUUAAAUCAUACAAAUACACAAAAAAGCUUUAUAUUAACCCAGGAGAACCCAAGAGGGAUUUUCUUCCUGCCUUCUAAAGUUAAUUUACAUUUAUUUGUUUACUUUUUUUUUACACUGGGAAGCAGCAAUUAACAUAUUAAUAAUAAUAAUAAUAAUAAUAGAAACAGUAAUAUCCUCUCCCAAACUUGGUUGGUGUGUAUAGUCCAUCUACAGUUAUUGCAUUACUUUAACACAUUUGAGCGGUCAAUAAAAUAUAAAACAGUUUUAAAUCACACAUAGGCUACUUGAAUUGUGCAACUUGGUUUUUACAAAAUAAUGUUCUAAAACAAGAUAAUCAUCAAUGUUGCUGUCAAAACUCAAAAAGGAAUGCUGUAAGGACCAUGGAGCAUGGAAACGGAGUUCAGUUUAAAGCAUCUUGCGAAAUUUACACCACAAAUCUGGAACAAUCAUAAAAGGAAAACACGCAUUAUACAAAUAAAACAAAGUAAAUAGAAUCACAGAUUGACAUAGACUAAUUAAACUUUUCUGUAAUGAUAUUAAAAAUUUGUUUUAAUGAUGCUGAACUUUUUGGGUAUUAUGCAACACGUUUUUUGUGCCAAAAAUACAAAAAUUAUCUAGUGAAGAUAUGACAGCUAGUUCACCAACAAAUAAUAGCUGUAUUAAAUUACAUUCUUGGAGCAGGUAAUGGUCUAAAGAAAUAUCCGUAAAAGGUUUUAGAGAAGAUAAUAGUUUAAAAGCAGAUUGACUACAACAUUUUUUCUCAAUUUGUCGAAAAUAUAAGAGGAUAUUCAGAUGAAUGCAUGACUGGUUUUGUUUUCUGUAAACAAUGUAUUUGUUUCUUUUAUUUUUCAAUUCGGAAUUCUAAUGAUCUGCAUUUAAAAUGUGAACAUUAAAGGAAAAUUGCAUUAUUUGUGACAAUAAACAAAGUACACCAACCACAUGUUCCACUAUUAUUAUUAUCUUUUUCUCAGUUGUUGGGAAUUAUUUUUUCGGGCGCAAAAAUAUGACGUAAAAAAGAGCCGCGCAACUAUACAAGGGAGCUGUUUGUUAUAAGUUACCAACCUUCGCCACACAUGCUGUCCCAAAAUAAGAUGCACAACUGGCAGGAGAACGAGAUCAAGGAACUUCUGAUCCUUCGGGGUUCGGAUGCGAUCCGCAGCCAGAUCACGGGGACCGUGAAGGACUCGGUGGUCUACAGCAGGAUGACCAAACUGCUGGCGGAUCGGGGGGUGCACCGGUCCCACAUGCAAGUCAUCAGCAAGCUAAAGGCUCUGCGGAAGCAGUACCUGAAAUACCACGACCAAAGGAGCCGCACCGGCAGCCACCGAGUGCACUGGCUCUUCUACGACCUGUGCCACCGGGCCUUCGACAACUCCCCCAUGGUGAGCCCGUCGCCCCCGCCCGCCACGGCGGACGCGACCCCGUCCCCGUCGCCGCCCGCAGCUCCACCUGCACCUGCACCGCCCUCUGCAACAUCCAAAGACGAGAGCGGAGAGGUCCAGAUCAGCCUGUGGGACGACGUGGACGAGCAGGAGACCGAAAGGCACCUGGAGGCGGUGGAGGCAUAUGAUGAAGAGGAGGAGUUCAGCCCGGCGGAGCAGCUGCAGAGCAUCAACACAGCGUACACCGUUCCAUCCCGGAAAAGACGAGCAACCGUGAUGGAUCAAGUCUCCUCCCUGGUGACGGCCACCGUCGCUCAGCUGCGAGAGAUGGAUGCCGCCAUGCAGGCGCAGGAAGACGCCCGUCUGCAGAGGUUAAUGAGCCACGAGAGAGAAAUGCAGAACACUCUAAUGAGUCAGCUGGUCGUCAUGAAUGAGAGGAUCAGUCGAGAAAACCACGAGCGAAAUCUUGAACUUGUGGACAGAAUACUCUCCAGGUUCCCCUCGCCCUCCUCAAGCCACUGACUGGAUCUCAUGCGUGUGUUGUGUCUGUGGCUGCAGCAGUCAGUCAUUUGGGCAUGUGGGAACACGUUUGAGUCAGCACGCCGUUGGCCGGUGCCUAAGCCCACAUUGGUUUUACUGAAAUUUUUUUAAAAACAUAUGACUGAAACUUGCCUUUAACCUCAAUCAAGUCUGCUGAGUUGUAGCUAUAGUCCAGAUUCAGGUUGAAAAAACCGGCCAUGUUCAGAUUUUCUGCUCACAGUGUUGGUUUCAUCUUUAGUUCAUGGCAUAGCAGCUGUAAACUGAUAGUGUAGCUGACAAGCACGAGUGCAGACGAAAAAACUAAAAGGGUUUCUAGAAAAUAUCUGGAAUAGUGAUCUUUUUAUUCUCAUGAGCCAACUCUGAGACAAAGUCUUUGCUGGUGUUCAUUUUGGACAAUCAACUAAGUGUUAAAUCAAUCCUAAAGUCCCACUCCGAUCAUCUCUUGAUCCUUUUUAAAACUGUUCCCAGUGGUCUUUAAUUACACAGUUUUUAGCCAAAACCCAAAAAAAGAAACCUGUGUUGUUUUCUACCUACUCUACUGCUACCUUACAGCCCCUCACACCCCCAACUUGACAUUAGCAGGGCAACAAAAAUGCAAUAUUGGAGCUAUCCAGCCAGUUCGGAUGAGGAAAAGGAAUAUUUAGUCCCCUACCAGUGGAUACAUCUGGAAAUACUUCUUACCAUAGCAAAAAUUCUAAGCAUUUUGUAUUUAUCACUUGCUGAUUGGAAGUCAAUUGCUGUUUGUACUUUUUUGUUGCUUUGGUAGUUGGUGCUAAGUUUUAUUAAAAAUCACUGCACUAAUAAACCCAUUCAGAUCAGGUGUUUUUAAAAAGUCUCAAAAACUCUGUAUAUAUUCUUUGAAAACGUUAUUUAUUAAUUAUUAAAAUAAAUGUGUUUCUCAGUUA